AUGUCUAUGACUGCACUACGACUGGCCCGUAUAUUAAACCGACAUGGCCCGCUCCGUAUCGUCAAGCUAAAAUUAGAGGCACAAGAACUCAAAGACAGCAUCAAAGGACUCACAAGGGACAAAAUGGAGCUCCUCCAUGAGGUCGCCCAGCUGAGAAACAAAGAGCCUACCAAGGCGUCGUUGGAAAUCAUCGACUCUCUCUAUCGACAGCAUCUCGAUGACACCUGCGCUCCCCACUCCCAGUCCAUCCUCUCAGCCAUCAUCAAUGGCGCUCUCGAUGAUCCACCGCCAAUCCGACACACCUACGCCUACUCCCGACGAAAGGCUAUAUCCCUCGUAGACCCCACACUCCGAGAAGAAGACGUCGACGAGGCAGGACAUCACCUCUAUCACUCCUGCAUGCAACUAAAUGCGGGUUACUCCCCUCCUCCUGUCAUCCUGAGAGAAACCGAGCUUGCUGUUCCCUCAAUCGCGGCAUUCUUUGCCCUCGCCCAUUUUUGUGACCAGGCGGAGAUUAGGGUGGAGUAUCAAUCAGAAAGUGGGAGCGUGUAUGCUAGGCUGGUAUAG